AUGGAUUCGAGAAGACUAAACAUGGAGUCACCGCCAGCACCACAAGCAAUGGCUGCUUCUUCAUCACCUCCAAACUCUUCAUCAUCUUCAAUAUCUUAUACAUCAGAUUUAACUUGUGAGUUAUCACUUCUCCUACCAACCGAAGAAGGUAAAGAAACAAAUGGUCCAACAAUAAUAAAGGCCAUGGCUCUCGUAGGUUGUCCUAGAUGCUUCUUGUAUGUUAUGUCAUCAGAAGAAAACCCAAAGUGCCCUAAAUGUAACUGUACCUCUUUUCUUGACAUUCUUGCCUCCCUUGAGGAGUAUGAAGACUUCAACUGCAUCAAUAAUUAA